AUGGCGCAGACAAAUCAUUCCAUGGUAUCAUUCUUCAUCAUCACAGGGAUCUCAGAUGUACCUAAACUGCAGGUUCCAAUCUUUCUCCUUGUCCUUCUCAUUUAUUUCUUCACUCUUGGUGGAAAUUUGACCAUUCUUUUGCUUGUUUGCUUGGAUCGUCAGCUACACACUCCUAUGUAUUUCUUCUUGGGCAACCUGUCCCUUCUAGAUAUGUCCUGCACCACCAUAAGUCUACAUAAGUUACUUCUAAGCUUCAUAUCUGGAGAUAAUACUAUAUCACACCUUGCCUGUAUAACACAGGUGUAUGAGUUUACAUCAUUGACAACUGAUGAGCUAUUGUUAUUAACAGCCAUGAGUUAUGAUCGGUAUGUGGCUAUCUGUAACCCAUUACAAUAUCCAAUGGUAAUGAGAAAUAGAGUUUGUCUUAUAUUAGCUUUUGCUUGUUGGGUUUUGGGUUUUGUAGAGCUUUCACCUUACCUUGUCUUACUCUUAGACAUUUCUUGUUAUUCCUCAAAUAUAAUUAAUCACUUCUUCUGUGACAUUGUUCCAGUAAUGACACUCUCAUGCAGUGACAUCUCAGUUUUGAAAAUAGUCAUAUUUACUGAGGGUAUAUUAGUUCUGAGUCUCACACCAUUUAUGCUCACCUUUAUCUCUUAUGUAUUCAUUAUUGCCACCAUAUUGAGGAUCCGCUCUAGUAUUGGAAGACGUAAAGCCUUUUAUACAUGUUCCUCACAUCUUACCAUUGUUGUUCUUCUCUAUAUAUCACUCUACUGCCAAUACUUACGACCAAUAUCAAAAGAUAUGUUAGCAUCAAGUAAGCUUUUCUCACUAAUUAACACAGCUGCCGUACCUAUUUUAAAUCCGCUGAUAUACAGCUUAAAAAAUAAAGAUGUGAAGUCAGCUCUGAAACGUCUAAUAAAUAGUAAUUCUAUUAAUUGA